UCCGACAGUUUCUUCGCACACAAGUGAUGAUAUACGCCAUCAAAGAAAUAAACAAGCGCACACCAAGGCCUUUACCCAACUACACCAUAGGAUUUGACAUCUAUGACACUUGUGCAGAUGUGAGCUUUGCCAUCAGAGCAACGCACGAGUUGCUGAAGAACCAUUCAGACCCUCACAGCUGUUUGCUAGCUGAACCCAAAACAAAGGCAGUGAUAGGAGCAGGAAGUUCUGAAGUAUCAAUAGCUGUUGCACGUGUUCUUGCUCUGUCAUCAGUUGCUCAGAUUAGCUACUCUGCCACAAGCGAGCUUCUCAGCAGGAAGUUGAAGUUCCCCACUUUUCUGCGAACGACUCCUAGUGAUAAACAUCAGACAAAGGCCAUUGCUGAGCUGGUGAAGAAGUUUAAUUGGAAAACGCUUCUUAUGGAAAUCAAGAAAGUUAACUUCACUGUGAAUGGCACACACGUUCAAUUUGACUCCAAUGGAGACCCUUUUUUAGGAUAUGACAUUCUAUAUUGGAACAUGACUCAAUCCAAGGAGAGCACACACAUAACAAAAAUUGGAGAAUACGAGCCAGAAGGAAACAUCACAGUCCCAAACGAUCUUGUUAGAAAUAAGGUAACAACCUUCAAUUGCUCUAAAACUUGUGAACCGGGGCAGGAGUUGAAAAAGCAGAACAAAGGAAAAGUGUGCUGCUAUGACUGUGUUCCAUGUGCAGACGGAGAGUAUUCUGAUGGAGAGGAAUGUAAACGCUGCAAGACAAAGGAAUAUUCAUCUGAAAAUAGGGAUAAGUGUUUGUUGAAAAAGGAUGAUUUCCUAAAGCGGUCACACCCUUUCAUUGUCUUUUUGAGUGUAUUGGAAUUAUUUGGUAUAAUUGUCACCAUUGGUUUUGCUGUUGUGUUUACAAUCUAUCGGAAAACUCCCAUUGUGAAGGCAGUCGGGGGUUACUUGAGUUUCGUGGAGCUUUUUUCCUUGCUGGCCUGUUUCUGCCUUUCAUUAAUCUUUGCCGGAAAACCAAAUCGCACUUUCUGUAAGGUGGGACUGCCACUCUUCGGCAUUGCUUCCUCCCUCUGCAUCUCCUGCAUCCUGGCAAACCUGCUCCAAAUCUUAGUGGGCUUUAACUUUGACCUGAAGAAGAGGUCCUGGAUAAAGAAUUUCAAUCAGCCGCUGACUGUUGUGACAAUCGUCUCUGGGUUCCAGGUCAUCCAGUGUGUAAUAUGGAUGAUCUGUUAUGGCCCACAUCCUGAAGAAAUCAUACUUAGCAAUACCAUCCUCACUUAUUGUGACAAGGGCUCCGACGCAUUCUUCAUUACCAUGUUAGGAUACAAUGCCUUCUUGGCACUUAUUUGUUUCCUGUUUGCUUUCAAAGGUAAACAGUUGCCAGAUCUGUAUAAAAAUGCCAAUUUAAUCAGCAUCAGUAUGCUGCUAUUUUUAAUCGUUUGGAUUUUCUUCAUCCCCAUUUAUCUCAAUUUGAUCGGGAGGUACACACAAGCCAUUGAAAGCAUAGCCAUUCUGAUUUCUUGCUACGGCAUCCUGGGCUGUCACUUGGCCCCAAAAUGUUACAUUAUGUUGUUCAGGAAAGAAAUUAAUAAUGAGAAAGCAAUUACUGAGUACAUCAGGAAUCAUUACGAGCAGACAAACAUGCCUGUGGUGACCUCAUGA